AUGGUCAACAGAUUAUUGUUAUGUGCGUUGGAGAGAAAAGAACCAGAUGACAGAGAUCAUUUUGGUAAGAAAAGAUUAGACUUGGCCGGCCCAUUGUUGGCAAGUUUGUUCCGUCUCUUAUUUAAGAAGUUGACAAGAGAUAUUUAUAACUACAUGCAAAGAUGUGUUGAAAAUGACAAGGAAUUUAACCUUACGUUGGCUGUCAAGUCGCAGACUAUUACUGACGGCUUGCGUUACUCCUUGGCUACUGGUAACUGGGGUGAACAAAAGAAGGCCAUGAGUGCUCGUGCCGGUGUCUCUCAAGUUUUAAAUCGUUAUACCUAUUCCUCUACCUUGUCGCACUUGAGAAGAACUAACACUCCGAUCGGGCGUGAUGGUAAAAUUGCCAAACCUAGACAGUUACAUAACACUCAUUGGGGCCUUGUCUGUCCUGCUGAAACGCCCGAGGGUCAAGCGUGUGGUCUUGUGAAGAACUUGUCAUUGAUGUCCUGCAUUUCUGUUGGUACCGCCUCUGAACCGAUUUUAUACUUCUUGGAAGAAUGGGGAAUGGAACCUUUGGAAGAUUAUGUUCCAUCUAACUCUCCUGACUGUACAAGGGUGUUUGUUAAUGGUGUUUGGGUUGGUACUCAUAGAGAACCCGCACAACUAGUUGAUACCAUGAGAAGAUUGAGAAGAAAAGGAGAUAUUUCACCUGAAGUAUCGAUUAUCAGAGACAUCAGAGAAAGAGAAUUCAAAAUCUUUACUGACGCUGGUCGUGUUUAUCGUCCAUUAUUUAUCGUUGAUGAUGACCCAGAAUCCGAGACAAAGGGCGAUUUAGUGUUACAGAAAGAGCACAUUCACAAGUUGAUUAACUCUGAAUAUGAUGAAUAUGAUGAAGAAUCUCAGGCGAAUGCUUACACUUGGUCUUCUUUAGUUAAUGACGGUGUUGUGGAGUAUGUUGAUGCAGAGGAGGAAGAAACGAUUAUGAUUGCUAUGACCCCAGAUGAUUUGGAAGCCUCAAAAAGUUCUUUAUCUGAAACUCAACAGAAGAGCUUACAAUUGGAGGAGCAAGAGCUUGACCCUGCCAAGAGAAUCAAACCUACUUAUACUUCAUCAACUCACACUUUCACUCACUGUGAGAUUCACCCAUCGAUGAUUUUGGGUGUUGCUGCAUCUAUUAUUCCAUUCCCAGACCACAAUCAAUCUCCACGUAACACAUACCAGUCUGCUAUGGGUAAGCAAGCUAUGGGUGUCUUUUUGACGAACUACUCUGUCAGAAUGGACACGAUGGCCAACAUUUUGUACUACCCUCAAAAACCAUUGGCAACCACUAGAUCCAUGGAAUAUUUGAAAUUCCGUGAAUUACCAGCCGGUCAGAAUGCUAUUGUUGCUAUUGCAUGUUACUCCGGUUACAAUCAAGAAGAUUCCAUGAUUAUGAAUCAAUCUUCUAUUGACAGAGGUUUGUUCAGAUCUUUGUUCUUUAGAUCGUACAUGGACUUGGAAAAGAGGCAAGGUAUGAAGGCAUUAGAAACUUUCGAAAAGCCUUCCAGGUCUGACACAUUAAGGUUGAAACAUGGUACUUAUGAGAAGUUGGAUGACGAUGGCUUGAUUGCGCCCGGAGUCCGUGUGAGUGGAGAGGAUAUCAUCAUUGGUAAAACUACACCAAUUCCGCCUGACACUGAGGAAUUAGGUCAGAGAACUCAAUACCACACUAAGAGAGAUGCAUCUACUCCUUUGAGAAGUACAGAGUCGGGUAUUGUUGAUCAGGUCUUGUUGACCACUAAUGGUGAUGGUGCAAAAUUCGUUAAGGUGAGAAUGAGAACGACGAAAAUCCCCCAAAUUGGUGAUAAGUUUGCCUCCAGACACGGUCAGAAGGGUACUAUUGGUGUUACUUAUAGACACGAAGACAUGCCUUUCAGUGCCCAAGGUAUUGUCCCUGAUUUGAUCAUCAAUCCUCAUGCCAUUCCAUCUCGUAUGACAGUUGCACACUUAAUUGAGUGUUUAUUAUCUAAAGUCUCCUCCUUGUCGGGAUUGGAAGGUGAUGCAUCGCCAUUUACUGAUGUUACGGCUGAGGCUGUGUCGAAGUUGUUAAGAGAACACGGAUAUCAGUCUAGAGGGUUUGAGGUUAUGUACAAUGGUCACACGGGUAAGAAGUUGAUGGCCCAAGUGUUUUUCGGUCCAACUUACUACCAAAGAUUGAGACAUAUGGUGGAUGAUAAGAUUCAUGCCAGAGCUAGAGGUCCUGUUCAGGUGUUGACAAGACAACCUGUUGAAGGUAGAUCUAGAGAUGGUGGUUUACGUUUCGGUGAGAUGGAAAGAGAUUGUAUGAUUGCUCACGGUGCGGCCGGUUUCUUGAAGGAAAGAUUGAUGGAAGCAUCAGAUGCCUUUAGAGUUCAUGUUUGCGGAAUCUGUGGUUUGAUGUCUGUGAUUGCUAACUUGAAGAAGAACCAGUUCGAGUGUAGAUCGUGCAAGAACAAGACUAAUAUCUACCAGAUUCACAUUCCUUAUGCUGCCAAAUUGUUAUUCCAAGAAUUGAUGGCAAUGAACAUUUCGCCAAGAUUAUACACGGAAAGAUCAGGAAUUAGUGUCCGUGUCUGA